AUGGCACAUACAAGCGAAUUGGAACCUCAUAAGCGAAAACGAGAAUCAGAAGAUGGUGGAAGCCAUGGAAGCUUUCCGCCCGGGCACUAUCAACAGAUGCCUCUGCAGCAAGGCGGUAUAAACUAUCUGUCAACCUCGCCUACAGAUCGCUUGAGUCUAAUCCAGGGCGAUGCUGAGACCUUCUCGGAUCUCUUCGGUCUUAUUCUAGAGUAUGAAGGGGUUUUAGAAAGACAGGAGAGCUUCGCGGCAAGCCUCGGUGCCAAGUUGACGGGCCCUCGCUUGAUAAAGGGGAUUGAGAAGUUUUUUGAGGGUUCCAUUAAGACGUACCCGCCACAUCCAUUCCCACCGAUUAGCUGGCUGGAUGUUUGCACAUAUGCUAAGACGAAUCCCGAUGAAUUUUCCCUGUCCCAUAUGGAAGAUGGCACUCGCUGCUGCCAAUUUGUAUGUCGAGGCCAUCAAACGGAGAUUUCGGAAGAUGAUUGGCGCUUCAUUUCUUCGGGGGCACUGAACAGGUUGCCUCUUGAUCAUCCAAUGGAAGAGGACGAGACUGCUGAGAUUGCCACUAUGGAUAUUAUUGAGCAGAGAACUUUAAUCCUCUCCAGAAAAGCAGAGGAAUUGGCGACCAGAGCCCGAAACCUGCACCACAAGGUUGGGGUGCGGAAACAGGACCUAUCGCGACGACGGCAGAAUUGGGAGACCGAAUCUGGCCCGCGGUUUCAAUCAGUGAACCAACGAUUCCGAAAGCUCUCGCAGAACCCCUCGUAUGACCUUCACCAGGAUCUUCUGCAGCAGUUCCUUCAACCGACGCCUUCUGGCACCCCCUCACGGUCAGCUUCAGUGGCACAAUGGAGUCAAAGCCAACCGUCGCCAUCUAUGUCAGCUUCGCAACCCCGGAGAAGCUCAGUAUCUGCCCGGGCUGCGGCUGCAGAAUUGGAGAGCCAGUUAGACAUCUUCAGACCCUUGAUCACACAGCUGGUAGAAAGAUUAGGACGAGGUGAAAGCAUUCAUCCUCCUUGUGACCGGUGCCGCCGCCUUAGACAGCCAUGCUUGAAGCAUCUCACUGCUUGCCAAGGAUGCACCAAGAAACAUGCGAAAUGUAGCUGGAAGUCUGCGACAGAAGAGGAGAUCACAUCAAUGAGGCAGGACAUGGGUCUGCCCCCAAUCGAGAAGCUCCCGGACUUUGAUACUGAGCAGGAACUCGUCAGUCCUACUGGAGGCACAGCAGUGUAUCCGAGAACCGCAGCUGAAUCAACUGCGGAAACGCCACGGCCAGAGAGCCAGGGAACCGACGACCCAGGAGGAGGUCCAGUUGCGUUUGGCCUGCACAAUAUCUUGUCGGGCAGAUCGGAACUGCCAGCUAUCAGGACCAGAGCCGCCAUUCCCACCGGCCAAAGCUCGGGGCUGAACGCACCAAGCACACCGCACAGUCAUUCCUCUGCUAGCCAGGCUGGCGGGGAACGACAGUUUUGGGCACCAUCCAACCCGCCGUCACGGUAA